AUGGUAAAUGCUCCAUUAAGAUCAAUUAUUGAAACUCCAUUAACUUAUUCACUUAUAAAUGGGAUUUUUCAACAGCAAAAUAAUGAUGGAUCUUUCUCACCAACAGCUCAAUUAGGAGAAUUAUUUAAUGUUAAUUUUGAACAAAUAAAACAUGAUUUAAAGUCAAAAGGUUUAGACUCAACAAUUUCAGAUGAAAUUUGUCGACUUAUAUCAACGGCUUCUAUUCUUUUCUAUUUCUUAUAUCAUAGUCAAAAAACAGAUUUUCCUGUUGACCUUGAUGCUAUUCAACAAUUUGUAUCUAAAGCACGAUCAGAAUUAGACGACCUUUCGUCAAAAGAUGAUCCAAUCAUGCAAGCAUAUAUCGAUAAUGGUGAAUUAGCUGUCAAAUAUGUUAUUGAAACGCGUGAAAAAUAUGCGCAUAUUUGUAAACAAAUAAAUUUACGAGAAACAACUUGGGAAACUUAUAUUCAACAUUUAAUGGGUUUAGAUCAACCACAAUAA